AGGAUGUACUAAUUAAUAUUCACAAUUUUUUUUUUUGUACAAUUUAUAUCCUAUGAAAUCAAGAGUUGAAUUUGUUAUAUUCAUAGGAGAGAUCGGGGUGCAGGAGGUGAGGGGAUUUGGUGCAGAGCAAGGCUGGUGCAGAGGGCGGGCACGAGGUGCAAGUGCAGGCGAGGGCGAGGGCGAGGGCGAGGGCUUGGGGCACGGCAAGGGCAGGGGCGUGGUGUUGCGGGAGGUGAGGGGACCAAGUGUAGAGCAAGGCUGGUGCAGGGAAUGGGCACGAGGCACGAGUGCGGGCGUGGGUGAGGGCGAGGGAGAGGGCUUGGGGCACGGAAAGGGGCGCAGCAAGGGCAGGGGCGUGGUGCAGCAGGAGACUAGCCUGGGUGCAGCAGGAGGCUGGUUUGGGUGGACCUUGUGUUUUCCAGAUCUAGAAGCGUUUGUUUUCCUGCACAUGCUAAGCGUCAUAUUCCUCUCUGAAACACUACGCUCUAAUAUUGCAAUGCCUCUGUUUUGCUUAGAUCUAGGGUAUCAGAGUGGUAAUCAUUGGAGGCUAAUUGGUUUUUUCAGUCGUAAGCCAAAGGAAAAGGAUGAGGUUGGUGAAGUCGCUACAAGGGAGACUGCCUUUUCAGUCUCAAAAGGGGCUCUAGUUCCCUUAUUGAAAUUUGGCAACAAGGGUUUGCAAAGGAUUGCAAUAGUUAGGGCAUGGUUGGGAGCCCAUGGCGACAAGGGAGGUGCCUGGGUUUGUAUGGAGGUGCAUGGCCCUCCUAUUGAUUGAAACUGUUUUUAGGGACGACAUAUAGUGGGCUGGGGACUGCUUAUGUCGAAUUUUCCCUGCUCUCCCCAUGAAGCUGGCUAAAUAGGUGAGGACGUCCAGUAGUUUCAGACACUCGUAGCGACCUCCUUUUUCUACUUUUGUAGCCCUAUUUUUGCCCUUACAGCGAUUGUAGUUACAAUCUUUAGUCAUAGAUGACCCUCUUCGCUUAAUUGUCCAUAUAUGUCAUGGGCACAGUUUAAAUCUAUUACUAAUGCUGUAGGUUAUGCUUCUAUCCUUAAUUCGGCUAUUAUGCCCUGAGAUUCAUCUGUAAUCUCCUUAUAUUUAAUAUAAUUCUCCUUUUUCU